AUGAUUGUCGCGAGUAAGAAGCAAAGGCGGGGUUUAAGCAGUAGGGGGAAAAAGAUUACAGAUUAACGCAGAGCAGAAGUAAGCAACCGUGGACCGUGUGGCCAUGAAGUGGUUGCGCUUUUCGCUCCUCGUUUUGGGGGUUUUCUCGCUGUGCUGCUCCACGGCUGGUGACACUAGCGGCAUAAAGAAGAUGAAGAUGCAGUUUGCUACGGGACCUCUGCUUAAGUUUCAGAUCUGCAUUUCCUGAGGGUACAAGCGGGUGUUUGAGGAGUACACGCAGGCCUUGUACCAGCGGUACCCAGACAUCCGCAUUGAAGGGGAGAACUACCUUCCCAUACCCAUCUAUCGACAUGUUGCGUCCUUCCUGUCUAUGUUCAAACUGCUGGUGAUCGGACUGAUCAUAAUCGGCAGGGACCCAUUUGCUCUCUUUGGUGUUCAAGCCCCAGGAAUCUGGGAGUGGGGCCAGCAAAACAAGAUAUAUGCCUGCAUGAUGGUGUUCUUCUUCAGCAAUAUGAUUGAAAACCAGUUAAUGUCAACAGGAGCGUUUGAAAUCACAUUAAACGACGUGCCAGUGUGGUCGAAGCUAGAGUCGGGUCACCUCCCCUCCAUGCAACAACUCGUGCAAAUCCUGGACAACGAGAUGAAGAUGAAUGUUCACAUGAACACAAGAACGCAUCACCACUCCUAACCCUACUUUUCAAAUCCUGGCUGGAGCUGAAAGCCCCUCCUUGUUCGAGGUGGGCUUCUCUCUGAGCUGUGAAGUGAUGUUUAUGAAGGUCUGCGCUGAAGGCAGGAGAACUGCUGGCACAGACUGGAUGCCCCCAUCACUCUUCACCGCGCUCCGUAGAGACGUCCUGCCCCUGACGCCAGAGGGGGAUCCAUGGCAACAGUUUAGGCUGUUCUGUUAUGUUCUUGUACUAUCCAUACUACUGCUGAUUUCAUCCAGACAAUUAGUGGUCCACUGAGGGGAGAUUUAACAUUGAUUAUUGUAGUCUUUAACCUGUUUCAUUUAAUUGACUUUUGUGAAUGGGGGAAAAAAAAAAAUGUUAUUUGUACCAACGAGCCAUAUGUAGAAUUCUAAGUGUACCUGUCAGAGAUGUAGGUAACCGUAUCAAAAAUAAACCAAUUAAGAUCUGUAAUAAUUGUUGUGAAAAUGCCAUUAAGACCAUGUCUUGGAAAGAUUUCUGAAUAAUUUUUAUAUUUACAUAUGUUGGAGGAAGCUAUGAAUAUUAAUAAAACAUUGUAACAAUUUCUGUGUGAA